CGAGGACAAAGAAAAAAUAUCCACUUCUUGUUCCUCUUCACUCCAUUUUAUCGUUUCUUCAAAUGGCUCAUCUCUUUCUCUUAUCUCUUCUCUCCUUCACACUCAUCUCAUCGGCUUUUUCCUUCUCCGAUGAGGAUCCAUUAAUCCAACAAGUCGUUUCCGAAACCAACGACAACCAUGUCUUAAACGCAGAGCAUCACUUUUCACUGUUUAAAUCUAAGUUUAAUAAGAUCUAUGCUACACAAGAAGAACAUGACCAUAGAUUUAAGGUGUUUAGUGCUAACUUACGACGUGCGAGGAGACACCAGUUGCUUGACCCUUCAGCUGAGCAUGGUGUUACCAAGUUCUCUGAUCUGACUCCAUCCGAGUUUCGAAGGACUUACCUUGGACUGUACAAACCUAAGCCUAAGCUUAACGCUGAGAAAGCUCCCAUCUUACCCACUUCUGAUCUACCGUCUGAUUUUGAUUGGCGUGAAAAAGGCGCCGUCACCGGCGUCAAAAUCAGCAACACAAAUAGCCCUCAAACACCCUUACAUAAAUAUAGUGUUUGGAUAUGUGAUUAUCCACUUGGUUCAUGUGGUUCUUGCUGGUCGUUCAGUACGACAGGAGCGGUGGAAGGAGCUCACUUUUUGGCAACUGGGGAGCUAGUGAGCCUUAGUGAACAGCAGCUUGUUGACUGUGACCAUGAGUGUGAUGCGGAGGAAAAAAGUUCUUGUGAUGCAGGUUGCAACGGUGGUCUCAUGACUAGUGCCUUUGAGUAUACCCUGAAAGCUGGAGGUCUCCAACGGGAGAAAGAUUAUCCUUACACUGGCAAGGAUGGCAAAUGCCACUUUGACAAGAGCAAAAUUGCCGCCUCUGUAUCUAACUUCAGUGUUAUUGGUCUUGAUGAAGACCAAAUUGCUGCUAACCUGGUUAAACAUGGUCCCCUUGCAGUGGGGAUCAACGCUGCUUGGAUGCAGACAUACAUUGGAGGAGUUUCAUGCCCAUUACUUUGCUUCAAGCAUCAGGAUCAUGGUGUCCUCCUGGUGGGUUAUGGUUCUGCUGGCUUUGCCCCUAUCCGUCUUAAGGAAAAGCCUUACUGGAUCAUCAAGAAUUCGUGGGGAGAGAACUGGGGAGAGCACGGAUAUUACAAGAUCUGCAGGGGUCACAAUAUAUGUGGAGUUGAUGCCAUGGUCUCUACUGUCACUGCUGCCCAUACUACUAAUCCUAAUCUUUAAGAUGAAUUUAUCCCAUGAAUGUUGUCUGUGAUCAAGGGUUUUAUUUUACUACCACUACCCUAAUCUGUGUAAAUAUGUCGGUCAGUAAUGUAUUCUGAACUCAAAAGUCUUAGAUUUCAUAAGCACUUUAUUAUUGUGCCUCAACCGACGUACUGUGAUUUGUACUGAAGUUUAUACUGCAAAAAUGAAGUUUGAAUUCUAAGUUAUUUGCAAUA